AUGUCGUGGCUUCUAAAGAAAAUUGUGCAUAAUGAGGCGAUGAAAGAGGAUCCUAAGGAGAUCUAUGGGUGGAGGGUCUUCAUGCUUGCCUGUUCGGCCUGUUUUGGAGGAAUGCUCUUUGGCAUGGACUCCGGUAUUAUUGGCGGUGUUUUGACCAUGCCAGGAUUUAAGAAGACAUACGGCCUGGAGAACAUCUCCAAAGUCGCGGCAGCAAAUCUAUCGGCAAAUAUUGUCUCCACCCUCCAAGCAGGAUGCUUCUUUGGAGCUCUGGUUGCCUCCCCGAUAGCCGAGAAAUGGGGUAGACGAAUGGCCCUAAUCGGCGCAGCGGUGGUGGCUGUGUUCGGAAUUGUCAUGCAAACUGCAGCCAGCGGCCACAUCGAAGUCAUGUACAUCGGACGACUAAUCACUGGCCUCGGAGUUGGUGCCGCAUCCAUGAUCAACCCACUCUACGUCGCCGAGAACGCGCCGCGCGCAAUCCGCGGCGGCCUAACAGGUCUAUAUCAGCUAUUCAUUACGAUGGGCAUCAUGCUCGCAUUCUGGAUCAACUACGGCUCGCUGCUCAACAUCGAGGGCCCUACAAUGUACCUCGUUCCACUGGCAAUGCAAGGUCUCCCCGCAGUGCUCCUGUUCUUCGGCAUGUUGCUGUGCAAUGAGUCCCCCCGCUGGCUGGCCAAACAAGACCGGUGGGAAGAAGCCCGCGCGACUCUCUCCCAAGUGCGCAAUCUGCCCUCUGACCACCCAUACGUGGAGGAGGAAUUCGCGGCCAUUGCCACCCAGUUGGAACAGGAGCGCGCACUUGUCGCUGGGUCCGGCUUUUGGGACUUGAUGAAAGAGAUGUGGCUCAUUCCGGGUAAUCGCAAGCGCGCGAUCAUCUCUAUCGUCUUGAUGAUUUGCCAGCAGAUGACUGGAACUAAUGCGAUUAACUACUAUGCGCCCCAAAUCUUCCAAAACCUCGGCGUAACGGGCAACGCAACUAACCUCUUCGCAACGGGCGUCUAUGGCAUCGUAAAGAUGGUCAGCUGUGGCGUGUUCCUGAUCUUCGUAGCAGACUCGCUAGGCCGACGCCGCUCCCUCCUAUGGACCUCGAUCGCGCAGGGCUUGGCAAUGAUGUACAUCGGACUGUACGUGCGCAUUGCGCCGCCAGUUCAGGGCGCACCCGUCAUCCCAGCCGGGUAUUUUGCGCUGGUGUGCAUUUUCCUGUUCGCGGCAUUCUUCCAAUUCGGAUGGGGGCCCGUCUGCUGGAUUUACGUCUCCGAGAUCCCGACUGCCAGGCUGCGCUCACUUAAUGUUUCUUUUGGAGCUGCUACGCAGUGGCUAUUUAACUUUGUUGUUGCCAGGGCCGUGCCGAAUAUGUUGGCUACUGUUGGUGAAAAUGGUUAUGGAACGUAUCUUAUCUUCUCGUGCUUCUGUUUCUCGAUGUGUGUCUUUGUAUGGUUCUUUAUUCCGGAGACGAAGGGUUUGUCUCUCGAGAAGAUGGAUGAGCUCUUUGGUGUUACGCAGCUGCUUGAACAUAAGAAUGCCGACGCAGAGCGAGCCUCUAUUGGAAAUGGAGUGGACAAGUCGUCACAGGUGCAUGUUGAGAGGGUGAAUGAGUAA